GCACAGUGCGCGUACCAAUAUCGUAAUACAUCACUAUCCUAAAUCCUCCUGAAAAUGGGGUCUCGGUCCAAUCUUGUCGUGGAUCGAGGACUGGCGUCAUAAAUCUACCGGGGAAAAUUCCUCACGAAAAUGGCAACCCUGACUUGUCCCUGUAGUGCGGCGUGUAGCGCAAGUGGUCCAGGACAGUCAAACCGGUCCAUAUUUCUGUGUAGCGCGCAAAUCUGGGCUACCCUACACAAAGUCAACACUCUAAUGAAAGUCAGCUGUUAAUGCAUAUCCUAUAGGCAGGACUGAACUGGUUAUUAUGACCACUUCAACAUCCAGACGGUAACGAUGGACGUACACAGCCAAUCGGAGAUACCUGGUUCUCCUACUGAAACAACUUCAGUGAUAAACCGUGAGAGAAAACUGACAGAAAUAGGUGAUCUUAAAACAUCAUCUCUUUCUUCCACACUGGAAACCGGUGAUCACAAGAAGCACAAAGAUUGUGGACCAGCAAAGCAGUUUCAGUGUGGUGAAUGUGGUAAAACAUUUACAAAAUCAGGUGACCUUCUGAAACACAUGAAGAUUCACAGUGGAAUAAAACCUUAUAUGUGCGUUGAAUGUGGGAAAACUUUCACACGACCAGGUAAUCUGCAGACACACAUGAAGAUUCACAGUGGAAUAAAACCUCACAAAUGUGUUGAAUGUGGGAAAACAUUUACCCAAUCAUGUCAUCUGCAGAAACACACGAGGAUACACAGUGGAAUCAAACCUUAUCAAUGUGUUGAAUGUGAGAAAACAUUUACACAAUCAAGUCAUCUGCACACUCACAUGAGGAGUCACACUAAAAUCAAACCUUAUCAAUGUGUUGAAUGUGAGAAAACAUUUGCACAAUCAAGUUAUCUUCGGACACACAUGAGGAUUCACAAUGGAAUAAAACCUUAUCAGUGUGUUGAAUGUGAGAAAACAUUUACACAGUCAAGUACUUUGCAGAGGCACAUGAAGAUUCACAGUGGAUUAAAACCUUAUCAGUGUGUUGAUUGCGGGAAAGCAUUUGCAAGGUCAGAUCAUAUGCAGGCACACAUGGAGUUGCACCAUGGAAUAAAAUCUUAUGAGUGUGGCGAAUGUGAGAAAACAUUUACACAAUCAGAUGAUCUCCAAAGACACAUGAAGACUCACAUUGGAAUCAAGCCUUAUGAGUGUGAUGAAUGUGGGAAAACAUUUGCCCGAUCAGAUAAUCUGCAGACACACUUAAAGAAUCAUGGUGGAAACAAACCUUAUAAGUGUGGCGAAUGUGAGAAAACAUUUACACAAUCAGUGUAUCUGCAGAGACACAUGAGGGUUCACAGUGGAAUCAAGCCUUUUAAGUGUGUUGAGUGUGGGAAAACAUUUGCACGAUCAGAUAAUCUACAGACACAUAUGAAGAUUCACAAUGGAAUAUAUUGAUUUGAGAAGCUUGAAAUGUCAGCAGUGUAAUGAGUGUAGCACAUAUUGUCACGACAUGUGCACCAUUAAUUUUAUGUGUUCCUGCACAGAAAAGAUUAAUUUUUACUGAUUUCACCUGUUCAUUUCCUGUCUAUAUUAGACGACAGGCUUGAUAGGUACCCGAGACAUGGAAAUUGUUUAUGAUCUGUUCUUUAUAUGUGUGACUUAGGGUAAAACGUUAGUCAAAAUCGCCAAAAUGUGCAUGUCUCCAAUGAUAGUAUGACAUUUUGAGUGAAUAUUUCAAAGUAAAUAUUCAUCUUGUGUGAACAAAACAGAUUACAGUUUUGACAUAAGUUAUUGCCCCGUUUGUCCAUACCCAGAACAUAUUUUUAUAUGGUUUAGCUUUUUUUAGAAUUUAUGUUCAGUAUGUCGUCUCCAUAAAAGUGUAAUUCACGUUACCUCAUGAAAAUGACCAUAUAAUUACUUUUAAAAAUAUGUGUAAUUAUUAGAUAGUAUGCCUUAUUUACAGUUUUAUAUUGGGACAAUACAAUAUCAAUCUCAUAGCCACUAAAUUUCAGCGAUUUCCCACCAUGAUACUUUACAGGUUUAAAGAUUAAGAUUUUUUUUAAGGAUGUAGGUAGUGAAUGAGUUAAGUUUUACCCCGCACUUAGCAAUAUUACAGCUAUAUGGCGGCGGUGUGUACAUAAUCGAGUCUGGACCAGACAAU